AUGACAAAACAAUCAAAUGAUGUGAUAUCACAAAAUGACGCCAUCUUACCGUCAUCUACAAAAGGCAAUAAAUUAAGAUUUUCAAAGAUUUCACAUGGAUCAUCACGAUUGUCACAUUUAUUAUCGAAAAUUUCACGAAAAGAUAAGAAAUCAGAUAAUUACUAUAUUUUUGCUGAACCGCCGUUCACCUCGACUCCUGAUAUGUCGGGAGAAGAAGAUGGUGUCGAAGUAUCGUAUGUCGAGACAGAAAGUGAAAAUAAUGACGAUUCCGAAGAUGUCACUCCGGCUGCCGAAUCUGCUUACACUAAAAGUACACCGAACAGGGUGAUUUGUAUUGAUUCAACCACAACAACAGUAGCAUUAUCGGACUACAGUAGUAGUUCUGCAUCCGGGAAAACGAACAUCGAGGAGCAAAUGAUAAGGACAGGUGUUACUGCUUGCUUACCAUCGGAUCAACAAGUUGUACGAUCGGAUCAACAAACUGUACAAUUGGAUCAAAAAGUUGUACAAUCGGAUCAACAAGUUGUACAAUCGGAUCAACAAGUUAUACAAUCAGUAGCAGAAACAAAAGGAACAACGGCGGUUGUUAAUGCAAAUUUCAGGAGUUGUUUGGAGAAAAUAAGGUAUAUUGUUACUGUUACUAUAUAUCUAUUCCUGGCCAUUUUCGUGCUAUUUUGGUGUUUGAUCAUCGUCAAAGUCCUUUAUGAUGAUUUCUAUAAUACUCAAUUAAAACCAUCAAUGGUGUGCGGUGCUGUUGAAGUGAUCGAUGAAUGGUUAUCGUUAGAUUUUUCACAAAUGAUUCAGUGCAAAAAUAAUUCCAACAAUUUCUUCGAACAAUUACAUCAUGAAGCAGAAAUGUUUAUUUCCUUUCUGAUAGCACAGUUCCGCUUCAUUCCGACCAUUUGGUCAUCUUUACAUUGGAGGACAUUUAUCCGGUUAUGUGAAGAAUGGUUACAAGAAACAGUGCAAAAUGCAAAGAAAAUUUUGAAUGAGUACUACGAAAUUAUUCGGAAAAAUGUUGCAGAAAAGCGAUAG